AUGGCAGGCACUUGCUCUAUGCUAUGUCUUAUCUUGAUCACUCUUUUCAUCCCUCCUCUAGGCGUCUUCCUGAUCUCCGGCUGUGGAGUUGACUUCUGGAUAAACCUCCUUCUCACGAUUCUCGGAUACCUCCCAGGACAUGUUCACGCAUUUUAUCUGGAAUAUGUUUACUACCAUCGACGCAAGCAAGAUCCCAUGACCCGCGCAACACAACGACCCGCACCUGGUGUCUACUCCGAACGUGUUCAGAACGGCGGACACUCGAAUCGGAACUAUGGCACGAUCUAA